AUGGAGGGCUUUAGGUAUCGAUCGAAUGCUGCAGUGAUCAGCAGAGUUUUGACACAAAGUUUGAGAUGUUUUUCUCGAAAAUCGGCCAGCAAACAAGUAAGUAAGGCACCUACCAGAUUCAAAUUGAACAAUGACAUACGAGGUGUGCGAAAACCUUCCAAAAAUGGCAAAGAAAAGGCACAACAAGACCGCGGGGUUUUCCAUUACGGUAGUUUUGGAGGUCUGAAGGAGAUUGGCGAUGCAGAAACCCAGAAAACAGCGGAAGUUCUGAAGAAAAUAACUGAAUUUGAGCAAUUGAAGAUCCUGCCAGAAGUACGAAACGCGUUGCAACAGGUCAUAUCUAAGGAGUCCAUCGCUUUGCAAGAAACCAAAGACGUUUCCACCAUAAAACCUUCGCCGAUCCAGGUCGCAGUGACGCAAAAAAUCGCACGGACGCUGAUGGAGAAGCAGCUCCAAGUCAACACGAUUGCGGCCGAAACUGGAUCGGGGAAAACGAUUGCGUACUUGGUGCCCCUUCUUGACUAUCUGAAACGUGUGGAGGUGGAAACGCCCGAAAACUGGGAUCUCAUAAAGGACAAAGCCAUCGUCAGAUCUGUCAUACUAGUGCCGACGCACGAGCUCGUCGAGCAGGUAUACAGAACUGUAAGUCAGAGCGCUGCGCUAUUGGGCCUCAAUGCAUUCCGUUGGAACAUGAACACUUCCUACACUGAUUUUAUAGAUGCCGUGAAGAACCGUAUCGACGUUAUGGUGACGACUCCGGGGAAAAUUCUGAACACCUUCAAAGUUAGGAUCAUUAACAGACCAGACCGGCUGUUUUCUGGAGUAAAGUUCGUGGUCUUGGAUGAAGCAGACACAUUGAUGGAUAAAUCUUGGUUGGAAGAGACCCACAGCGCCAUUCAAAAGUUUCCCAACGUGAAUCAUCUUAUGUUCUGCUCUGCCACCAUUCCAAAUGAGUUCAGUAAGACGAUGGACAGGUUGUUCCCCACCAGGAAAUCGAUUACGACACCGAAGUUGCACAAGAUUUCACGGAAAAUCGAUUUCAAGCUGAUUGAUGCUAGCCUUAACCCAUACAAAGGCUCAAAAAUGAAGGUGCUGUCUCAAAUCCUUUACGCAGUCCUGAAGGACGGUACGGAGGCAGGGUUUGAAAAAAGAUGCGUAGUAUUUGUGAAUGAAAAGAAAGAUGCUAAAAAGGUGGAAGAACAAUUGAAGUCCAACUAUGGCCAUGAUUGCAUUAGCUUGACUGGAGAAGAUACCGUUGAGGAGCGGCUGCAAAAAAUAGAUUUAUUCGUCAAACCUGCAAGACCGCUCAAGUCUCUUGACUCCGAACCAACCGUUCCAGAACCAAUCGAGGAAACGGAAGAAUUUCUGCCCAAUUCAAACAUUAGAGUGAACAGAACCAAAUCUGUCACUACAAGCCAGAAAAAAGUUUCUCUCAAAGUCUUGGUUACCACCGACCUCAUGGCGAGAGGACUCAACUUCCAUGGCAUCAGAAACGUUGUUCUUUACGAUGUUCCCAAAACUGCGAUUGAUUUGGUCCACCGGGCAGGCAGGACAGGAAGAAUGAUGCAAGGUGGCAGGGUGUUCAUGAUAACUGACAAAAAAACCAAAUCUUGGGCUAAAGCAAUACCAAAAAUAGUGAGAACUAACAAGACUCUAUCCUAG